AUGAAGGGGCUUCCAUACUUCCCAGUCAGUGCGCUGCUUACAAUUGUCACAGCAGCAGAUUCGUCCAUCCUGUCGAUAUCACUUAAUCAGGCCACCAAAGGAGCCAGUAUCUCACAGCAAGCACAUCACGCAGCGGCUAGACGACAUGGGGGCUACGCACUGGCACCGGAAACUCUCGACGGCGGCUUCUGGUAUGGUUCCUUCGAUGUAGGUGAGGCGAUGAACGUCUCACUUCUCAUCGACACUGGCUCGUCAGAUGUUUCUAUCAACCCAGACCUGUAUCAACCUAGUCUAGCUUCACUGGAUCUACACCAAAAUGGCACGCUCGGCUACAGCACGGUCCAGGAGAAUGGCUGUGGCUUUGCGAACAUCUCCUACCACACCUAUGCAGACACCGUGUCCUUUGCAGGCUUGACAGCACGAAACCAGACAUUUGCAGCGGUCAUUGCAAAGCCGCCACCAGACAAUGGCACGAUUACACAAUUCCCGCACCAAGGCAUUGUUGGAUUUUCCAGCACUCACGCCAAUACUACGCAGCUCGAUGCCAUCCCGUUGUUCCAGACUCUGUGCAAUCAGCACACUGUCCGCGAAUGCAAGUUUGGUCUGGCGCUGGGUACGGAUGGCAACGGCACGCAAGUGCUUGGUGGCACCGAUCACCAACUUUUCGAUGGCGAUCUUAUCACAGUUGAUGCCGACCCGAAUGAGGAGUAUGCAUUCGAUGGCAGCAUCACUGCAGACGGCAGUGUGGCUUUGACCAGUGACAGGAUCAUUCCGGACUCUGGUACUGCAAAUGUCAUCGGCCCAAUAAGCGACGUCCAAAAGCUUUUCGAUAUCCUUGGCAUCCAAGCCGUCCAGCAGAAUCUCCCAGGCUGUACAUCAGUGCUAUUCGGCUACUACCCCUGUGAUGCGCCACCCAAAGUUGGCUUUACGAUAGGCAAUAGCACCAAGUCUUUCGAUAUCGAGUCUUCGGCAUUCCAGCAGGCAGACAAUGGUAACAACAAUUGCACGGCAAUCGUCACUGGCAUCGACUUGUCGACCCGUCACCCUUUAUGGAUCAUCGGACAGGCUUGGUUCCAGGGCAAGUAUGUGGAUUUUGACCCUGCGAAUAGUAAGCUUGGAGUAGCGCCGCUGAAGGCGGAUUGCUGA